AUGGCGAUUAUUCUUAAAGGCAUUAGACAAUCUGACGAUUAUAAAAUUAAUCCAAAUGAUACAGUCCUAGAAGAAACCAAAACAUUAACAUCUAGAGAUAUUGAAAAAGGAAUCUGUGAAAAAUGCGGAAUAACUAAUCAUCAAGAAAAAGAAGAAGAAAACGUCAACAUUACAAAAAGAGCCGAAAGAAGAAGGUUGGCUAGGUUGAGACAAAAUGACCAGUCUGCGGUUGAGACACAAAAUAAGGUUGAGCCAUUAGAAAAGGUUGAGACCGGGCUAGGACAGAUUAAGGUUGAGACACCUGAACAGGUUGAGACCAAAGAGGGGUUAGGACAGGUUGAGACAUUAAAUAAUCAUAUUGGGGUUGAGACAAUCGCUAAGGUUGAGACAGUAUCUGAACUCAUCGAGAAGGUUGAGACAAUAGAAAUUAAAAAAGAGGCUGAAGUUGCUUUUAAAAAUCAAGAAAAGAAAUCAACAGAAAAAUCUGAAAGCGAACUAAAUAAUACUAAAACUAGCCAUGAACUCCAAGAAACUAAACUCUGCUUUCAUUGUCCGGGAUUAAAAAACUCCAUUGCCGAAAAGCAAACCGAGAUUAAGGAUCUAAAAAGGAUUGUUCAGAAACAAAAUAAAGAAUUAGCUAUUAAAUACCAGCAAGAAAAACAACUUGCCAAUAAAACAGAAAAUAAUAAGCCUUGCCAACUCAAUCAUUAUUCUUUAAGUGAAUUAUUUAGACAAGCAAUCGUGCAAAAAAUUAACGAACAAACUCAAGAAUUAGCGAAAUAUAAGCAAUUAAUAGCGAAUAUUGAAGGACUAAUAAGAAUAAACAACCAAAGGGGACGAAUAGAUUUAUUAGCAGAGAAAUAUAAACCAAAUGAACAGGAAUUAUUAGAAUUAGCAAAGCGAACAAGAGGAAUUAGUCCUAAUGAUCCAACAAAAUGGCAAGUAGUAUUAACUGAAUCCGGUCAAGCAGAAAGAGAUAGAAUGGCUGAGGAUAACCCGCAACAGAAAAUAGAAAAUCUUUUAGAAGAUCUAGAGAAGGAAGGAUUAAGGCUAAUAAUGCCAACAGACGGAGAAUACAAAGCUAUUAUUAUAAAAAGGUCCGAUUUUAAUGACCGGUUUUUUAAAAGCAAUAGAGAAGCUUUAAACGAUUUUGAAAAAGCUUGCGAUAACUUUAUGAAUAGCUCGCGAGGAAAAGAAUUAGAGCAAGCGAUAAGCAAUUAUUGGGCAAAGUAUGAAGUCGAAACCAAAACUUGGUGA